AUGAAACCUGGUGCCAUUUUCAUCAACACAUCCCGUGGCGAAGUGGUGGAUCAGGAUGCUCUUCUACGCGCUUUAACUCGGCCUGGUGGUCUUGGUGGUGCUGGAUUGGAUGUAACUACACCCGAACCACUUCCAACUGAUAGUCCUCUGCUUGCUUUGUCAAACUGUCUUGUUCUACCCCAUAUUGGUAGCGCCACUAAAGAAACAAGAAUGUUAGUCUAA